AUGGCUACACGAGUUGUUAUAGAAAGAAUCGAUUUUGCCGCAGUUUUUGGAAAUUUAAGCACUUUGAAUGAUCAUAUGCGAUUUGUUCCUGCUGGAUUCAUCGGGGAAAAUAGCUUUACGGUUAGUAAAUGCGAAAACAGGUGGUGAAAACGACACGGUGGUUGUGAGCCGAACCGAUGUUUCAACCCAUCCACAUGGACGCAUACCGAACUUCAAGAUAAUCAAGAAUGUGCACCAGUUCUCAUCAAAAGGGGGACCCUUAUUGUAUCAGGAAGUUUAUACGCAGUCAAAUAUGGAGUUAAAAUGGUUCAAAAUGUUGAUCAAGCUGCUCUCGUAAUUGAUAACACAACGAUUGACCUGAAUAGAGCUGUAAGUUUUUAAAAUAUUUUUUCUCUCUCUCUCUCUCUCUUUCUCUUUACAUAAUUCAGGCUUUGGCUCUUCACAGUGAUCGUUGGCGAGACGAAUUGGAACAACAUCAACCAUUCAGAAAAGACUUGGGCCAAUUGUCACUAGAAGUUGUGAAGAGUUGUAUUAAGAUGGCCGAAACAUCAACUCAUAUAGAUAGUAAGUGUUUUGAAUUCUUACGGGGUCAAUUUAAAAAAAAAUUAAUUUCAAAACUUUUUUUUGGACAAAAACAUGUGAUUUAGCAAAGUUACAUUUUUUCUACAGAAAAAUUGAACAUAUCUCGCCAAGAAAAUGUUUCAAUAGAAAAAAUUACAAAGAAUAUAUUUUCUUGGUUAAUUUUGUUCAAUAUUGAAAUUAAUUGUUAAUUUUUUCGGUAUAAAUUACUUUUUUUUUCAGUUGAGACGCCGCUGCUUGAAGAAAUAAUUCGAUUGGCAAGAGGUUAUGGAUUUAAUGGACUCGUCGAAAAGAUCGAAGAAAUGCUCAUUUAUUCUCCACUACCAGUUGCUACCAAAUUUGUGAGAGGAACGAAAUUCGGAUUCAUCGAAGGCUUAGUAAGUUAUCCUAAUUAUAUUUUUGCAUCAUCAUUAUUUUAUUACAGAGAAAGAUGGUUUGUAGUCUGACUAUGCACCAAAUCAGCAGCAUAGUAGGACAUGUCGACUAUGUUACGAUUCCGGAAGAAAUCAGAACUGAAAUUCAAUUAAUUCAAUGGCAAUAUAGCUAUUAA